CCUGGAACCACAGACCACAAAGGAGGGGACACACACACACACACACCGUCUCCGCCCGCCCGCCGCGACGCGCCAUGGCUAUGGCUCGCUCCGUCGCGCACCUCUUCUUUCCCAUCCUCCUUAUCUCCACCGCGCCCGCCGUGCGGGCCAUCACCGACGCCGCCGGCGGCCCCGGAUACCUCCAGGAGGCGUGCAACAAGACGCUGUUCCCCAAGGUGUGCAUGCACGCGCUCAAGGACAACCCAGAGUGCCAGGCGGAGACGGCGGUCACGCCGCGCCGGCUGGCCGAGCUGCUCGUGUACGUGUCGGCCGAGGUGGGCAUGACCGUGGCCGCGUUCGCGCACCACGAGCUCAACGCCAUCAAGGACGACGACGUCCUGUACAAGUGCAUCGACACCUGCUCCGAGGACAUCGAGGAAGCCGUGGCGCACCUCAGCGCCCUCUCCCGCGACUUCUCCGACGCCAGGUUCCUCGAGGUCAAGUCCUGGCUCACCUCCACGCUCGGCGGCACCGCCACCUGCGAGGACGCCUGCAAGGACGCCCCCGUCAGCGACAUCAAGAACGUCUGCAUAACCAAGAGCUUCGAGUUUGAGAAGCUGCUGCGCGUCACGCUGGACCUCAUCACCGAGGCUUCCGGCUCCAUGUCGGCCGAGGUCGCACUGCCGCCGUCGGAUGCGUCGGCGCCGUCCGGAGGGUACGGCUCGUCGGCUGGCGCCCCCGCCUACGGCGCCCCGUCUCCUGAUGCCCCAGCUUAUGGCGCCAGCGUACCAGCGCCAGCGCCGACCUCGGGGCAGAGCACUGCUUCGACUGCAUGAGUGAUGAUAUCGUGGCGGCACACACGCAUCUUGGUCACUCCUAUGCUAUGCAUGCAUGCUUCGAAUUACCGACCGAAAAGUCUGGUUCCUCGGCCAAUUUCUCGUUCCUGGUCAGCUAGGGGAACCAUUUCUCGGCCCGGUAUCACAUUUUAAAAAUAUGAAAGUCAAAUUUUUUUUGUUCAAAACGAAAUUUCGGAACAGUGAAGCCUGCUCCUUACUAUGUUCCAAGUAUUUUGCUCUCUCCUCCAUCCCACAAUUUUCGAGCAGUAUGUCAGCUUAGAAUUAGGAUUUUUUGGUGCUGCAUCAUUGAUGCAAAUGAAUAUAAUGAGGCCAGAAAAUGGCACAGCAUGUUACUUUUGACAUGUUGC